AUGCGCAAAAGAGAGAGUCCAGGGUUGGAAUUGAAAGUGGCGAGCAGGCCAACAUCGCCGGUGUCUUCUUGUGAAUGGCCGGAGUUUUCUUCGUCGUCGUCAUGUUCUUCGGUAUCAUACUCACCAAAGUUGGGAACUGAGGAGCAAGAGGAAGUGCAUAGUGCAAAUGCUGAAGAAACGAAGGCCAUGGAUCUGGUUGGUUGUCCUAGGUGCUUCAUGUUCGUCAUGUUAUCAGAGGAAGAUCCAAAGUGCCCUAAGUGCAAGAGCACAGUUUUUCUUCAGUUUUUCAAACAUGAAAGCAUCAAGACAGACAAUUGA